UGUCUGAGAGCUCUAACUGUGACAGCAGAGUGGCAGGAGGCUGCGUUGUCUACUUCAGUGCCUGGCCGGUUCAGAUUUUUGAAGAUCCAAGGUCCACUAAGCAACAUGCUGCGGCGAAAACCUUCCAACGCCUCAGAGAAGGAGAAGGAAAAGGAGCAGGGGCAGGUUCAGAAGAAGAAGCUCACACUGCAGAGGUCCAGCAGCUUCAAGGACUUCAUGAAGCCCAAGCCCUCCUCUCCUACAGUGACUGACAGCGACUUCACCUUGACUGAGACACAUGUGAUGCAGGUGGAAGAGAAUGCACAAGGGGAGGAUAAUGCGAAACAUGGCAUGAAGCUUGGGAAGAAAUGGCGUAACAUGGUAUCACGCACCAUGACCCGCAAAACAUCCAAGAUGGUUCAGAAGGCUCUUGCUGAGGAGGGGGGGGAGAGUGGAGAUGAGGGCCCUGGGUCCCCCGUCACUGACUGGCUCCCAGGCCUGAUCACAGGUCAACGGACCUCAGUGUGUUCCACCGGCUCAGAAGACACAACACCCAGCCCAGUCUCUCAACAGCUGCCUGGCUCAGGUGGGGAUCGCCAGAGCCUCGACAGUGGCUACAGCCAGAGAGACAGCAUGAGACUGGAGGAGGCUGGCAGUGUCUACACAGGACCCUUCUGUGGCCGUGCCCUGGUCCACACAGACUUCACCCCCAGCCCCUACGACAUCGAGUCCCUCAAGCUCCAAAAAGGAGACAUCAUCCAGAUUAUUGAGAAGCCCCCAGUGGGCACCUGGACAGGGAAGCUCAACAACAAAAUGGGUUCAUUCAAGUUCAUCUACGUCAACAUCCUCCCCACUGAGGCCAGCCCGCCCAUUAGGAAACGUUGCCACAGCAAGACCCAGCGGACCAAGACCAAGCCCAAGACCCUGGAGGAAGUUCUGGAGAGGAUCGGCCUGACGGAGCUGAGCUCUCUGCUGUCCAUGCACGGCUUCCAGAGCCUGGAGGACUUUGGGGGUCUGAAGGAGUCUCACCUGAACGAGCUCAACAUCACCGACCCCGAGCAGCGCACAAAGAUCCUGACGGCCACAGAGCUGCUGAGAGACUCGGAUGACGAGUCAGACGCAGAGGACAGGCCUGUGGAGAAGAGCGACAUGCCUCGGGACUCUGGCUGCUUCGAAAGCUCCGAGAACCUGGAGAACGUACGUGAGGAACUGGAGAUGGAACCCGAAGACCAGAACCAGGAUCCAGAGGUGCAAGAACGGGCCGACGAGGACAACCAGCGGGGAUCUGUUGAGGAGCAGCUGCAGGAACUGACGGUGGAGGAGAACUCAUGAGAACCUGGAAGAGAACCGUCUGUAACCUUCACCUCUGAAUGGUCUCCAGGAAACCAGCUGACUCUUGGCAUUCAUCAAGUGCCUCUCAGAGUCGGUAUGCAACGUGACAAAGUAUCAUCAAUGUAUACCUUUUGUGAUAACUCAUAUGUCUUCCAGUUUAUGCGUCCUAGUUUUACAUGCUCUGUAAACCUUCCCACAAAUCCUGUGUAUGAUUGCAGGGAUUGCAAUUAUUACAUCCCAAUAUAAAGUUGAUUGAGGCUGGGGUUUACGCUUUAACAAUACAAAGGAUGGAUGGAGAGAGCAUUUCCUCUGAGAUGCUGUGUCAUAUUUUAUCAGGCUAUUGAACUGUCAUUAACCCUUGUGUUAUCUUCGGGUCAUUCUGACCCAUCAGUCAUUGUGACCCACUGUCGUAUUGCGACAAAUUUACCUCAUACAAAAACAAAGUGAAGCAUUUUCUUUUAACUGUCUGGAUGUCUCAGACCCCCCACAUUGCAAUGGUUAAAAGAAAAUUAUUUUUAUUUGUUUUUGUAUUGGGUGAAAUUGGGUAAACACAACGAUGGUUCGUUGUGAACCUUUGGGUCAUGUGACCCGAAGGCAGCACAAGGGUUAAGUAUAUUGUAUCAGUGUUUAGUGAAAUGUUACUUCAUGAAUAUCAUGAACUGUUCUAUACAAUUAACUUGCAUCAUACAUUUGCUUACUUUGUUCUGUCCAAUUUCUACUGUAAGAUAAGUUGUUUUGUUACCUUACCUAUGUGAUGUCUUCAGUCAACUAUUUCUACCCCUUCGGUGUGUGUGUUUUAGGAUGAUUGAAAUAUAUCAUAUAAAAAAUAUGAAUUUUUGACAUACUGUAUAGUAGUAAGCAGGGACAGGGACUUAGACAACCUAGCAUCCAGUCAGGAUGUCCAUCUGAUUUACUGUUAAAUGUUGUCCAUUUUUCCAUGUCGGUGCAUGAUGUUUUGGAAUGUUUUUCUGUAAAUAAAGUUUAAAAAAUGUAA